CCAGCUGGGACUUGGGACGGCUGGCUGCAGCGCGGCGCCGGGUGAGCGGAGGUCGGGCAUGUUCCGAGAAUGAUGUGUACUCUGAGCGCCGUGACGCCCCGGCGUGCACUCUGCAGCGCGGGAAUGAAGUCUGUUGAACUGGUGUCUGUCCUGGAUGCCUGGGUUCCAGACCCUGCUGCUGGGGCGUUCCACAAGUCAUCCAGCUGAAGGAGAAGUUCCGUUGAACUGGCUCUUCUCAGGCACCUUUUAGAAAUGAGUGAACAAACAUUGGAAACAACUCCACAACAUCGGGAACUUCCUGAAUGGAUGUCUACACAGAAUAAGAGAUACACUGUAGAAAAAAGAAAGACAUCUAUUCAGAAGAGUGUUUUGGAAGAUGAUCUACCCUUCUUAGAAUUCACUGGAUCCAUUGUGUACAGUUAUGAAGCUAGUGAUUGUUCUUUCCUAUCAGAAGAUAUUAGCACCAGUCUGUCUGAUGGAGAUGUGGUGGGAUUUGACAUGGAAUGGCCACCAGUGUUUAAAAAAGGGCAACUGAGCAGAGUUGCACUAAUUCAGUUGUGUGUGUCAGAGAGCAAAUGUUACUUGUUUCAUAUUUCUUCUAUGUCUGGUUUUCCUCAGGGAUUGAAGAUGUUGCUGGAAAAUGAAGCAAUUAAAAAGGCAGGUGUAGGAAUUGAAGGAGAUCAGUGGAAACUUCUACGUGACUUUGACAUCAAAUUGAAGAGUUUUGUGGAGCUGACAGAUGUUGCCAAUGAAAAGCUGAAAAGUACAGAGACCUGGAGCCUCAAUGGUUUGGUUAAACACCUCUUCGGCAAACAGCUUCUGAAAGAUAAGUCUGUUCGCUGUAGCAAUUGGAGUAACUUUCCCCUCACCGAGGGCCAGAAACUGUACGCCGCCACUGAUGCUUAUGCUGGUCUCAUCAUUUAUCAAAAAUUAGAAAUUUUGGGUGAUGCCGUACAAAUAUUUGCUAUAACUAAAGAGGAGAAAGUACUACUUAGUGGUCUGAAGAAACAGUUGACUUCGUUUUCUGAGGAAAUGAUGGAUCUGGCUAAGCAUCUUCCUGACACUUGGGGAAAACUGAAAAAUCCACAGAGGGUUUCUAUGCUAUUGAAGUAUAUUUCAGAAAAUCUGUGUUCAUUGAGGAAGAUGAUACUUGGUUCUACUGAGAAUGAACUGAGGCCCAGCAGUAGUUUUCAUUUAUUACAACUGGAAGAUCCAGCUGCUGGUGAAGUACAGCAGGAACAAAUUAGAGAACAUAAAAUUUUAACUACAGUUAAAGAUGAGUCAUGGGAUAUGACACCGGAUAAUUUAAUUGAACAUGAUGGGGAAAAUGUACUUGGAAAUGAAGUGAGACAAGAAGAUGGAUUUGAAGAUGGACUAGAAGACAAUAAGUUGAAAGAGAAUACAGAAAGAAUUUGUUUGAACUCGUUAGAUAUUACAGAAGCUGAACUCCAACUUUUGGAACAACAGGCUCAGGAAAAAUAUCUCAGUGAUGUUACUUGCAAGUCUCCUGAGGAUAAUGAAGAGGAUACAUCUUACGUAAUUGAGAGUGAUGAAGAUUUAGAGAUGGAGAUGCUCAAGUCUUUAGAAAAUCUAAAAAGUGACACGGUAGAUCCAGUUCAUUCAAAAUGCGUGGAAAAGGAGAGAAAUCUGGGUCUUCCUUCUGAAGAAGAUGACGAAGAUAAGAAUGAAGCUAUUGAAGAGGAAGAAGCUGAUGAAGACUGUUUGUUACCAGGACCUACUGCAGAGCAAGUUAUUUGCCUCAAGACAUACUUUGGCCAUUCCAGUUUUAAGCCGGUUCAGUGGAAAGUGAUUCAUUCUGUAUUGGAAGAAAGAAGAGAUAAUGUUGUUGUCAUGGCAACUGGAUAUGGGAAAAGUUUGUGCUUCCAGUAUCCACCUGUUUAUAAAGGCGGGAUUGGCCUGGUCAUCUCUCCUCUUAUUUCUUUGAUGCAGGACCAAGUGCUCCAACUUGAAAUGUCCAACAUUCCAGCUUGUUUCCUUGGAUCAGCACAGUCAAAAAAUGUUCUAGAGGAUAUUAAAUUAGGCAAAUACCGGAUUGUAUACAUAACUCCAGAAUUCUGUGCGGGUAACUUGAACCUACUUCAGCAACUUGAGGCUAAUAUCGGUAUUACAGUUAUUGCUGUGGAUGAGGCUCACUGUAUUGCUGAGUGGGGACAUGAUUUUAGAAGUUCAUUCAGGUCUUUGGACUCCCUAAAGGCAGUACUCCCGAAGGUUCCAGUUGUUGCCUUGACUGCUACAGCAAGUUCUUCAAUCCGAGAAGACAUUGUACGUUGCUUAAAACUGAAGGAUCCUCAGAUUACCUGUACUGGUUUUGAUCGACCAAACUUGUAUUUAGAAGUUGGGCGAAAAACAGGAAACAUCCUUCAGGAUCUGAAGCAAUUUCUUGUCCAGAAGACAAGUUCUGCCUGGGAAUUUGAAGGUCCAACUAUCAUCUAUUGUCAUUCCAGAAAAAUGACAGAACAAGUUACAGCUGAACUUAAGAAAUUGAAAUUAGCCUGUGGAGCAUACCAUGCAGGACUGAGUGUUAAUUUAAGGAAACAAGUUCAUCAUAAGUUCAUGAGAGAUGAAAUUCAGUGUGUCAUAGCUACCAUAGCUUUUGGAAUGGGCAUUAAUAAAGCUGAUGUUCGCAAAGUCAUUCAUUAUGGCGCUCCUAAGGAAAUGGAAUCAUAUUACCAGGAGAUUGGUAGAGCUGGCCGUGAUGGGCUUCAGAGUUCUUGUCACGUACUCUGGACUCCAGCAGACAUUAAAUUAAAUAGGUACCUCCUUAGUGAGAUACGUGAUGAAAGGUUUCGAUUAUACAAAUUAAAGAUGAUGGCAAAGAUGGAAAAAUAUCUUCAUUCCAGCAGGUGUAGGCGACAAAUCAUCUUGUCUCAUUUUGAAGACAAACAACUACGAAAGGCCUCCUUGGGAAUAAUGAGAACUGAAAAAUGCUGUGAUAAUUGCAGGUCCAGAUUGGAUCAGUUCUCUUCCAUUGAUGACUCAGAGGAUAUGUCACAGGACUUUGGUCCACAAGCAUUCCAGCUGCUAUCUGCUGUGACCAUCUUAGGAGAAAAGUUUGGAAUUGGGGUUCCAAUUUUAUUUCUCCGAGGAUCAAAUUCCAAGCGUCUCGAUAAAUACCGCAGUCACAGUUUCUUUGGCACUGGCAAGGAUCACUCAAGCAAUUGGUGGAAGGCUCUUUACUGUCAGCUCUUAACUGAGGGGUUCUUGGUAGAAGUUCCUGGGCAAAGCAAAUAUAUAAAGAUUUGUACCCUUACAGCAAAGGGUAGAGACUGGCUUGCUAGGGCCAAAACGGGAUCUCCUCAGAGACUUAUCCUUCAAGCUAAUGAAGAAUUGUGUCCAAGGAAUUUUUUGCUACCAAGUUCCAAAGCUGUAUCUUCAGGCUCUAAACAACUUUCCUCUAAUCAAGUACCAGUUGAAUUAACUGCAGAGAAGAAGUCUAAGUUGGAGAAGGCGGAUUCUUACAAAGCAUUUGGUAACAUUUCUUCUGUGAGUAACAGUCCUAAAAACAGCAUCAUGGUGUCAUCACCAGGAAAAUGUUACAAGUCCUCAGAUCCUGUUAUUUCAGCUCAAGAGCAGGAGACCCAGACUACGUUAUAUGGCAAGUUGGUGGAAGCCAGGCAAAACCAUGCCAAUAAAAUGGGUUUUCCGCCAGCUAUUCUGGCAACGAAUAAGAUACUGUUGGAUAUGGCCAAAAUGAGACCUUCUACAGUUGAAAAUGUGAAAAGGAUCGAUGGUGUUUCUGAAGGCAAAGCUACGAUGUUGGCCUCUCUGUUGGAAGUUAUCAAUCAUUUCUGUCAAAUAAAUGGUGUUCAGACAGACCUCUUUCCAAGUACGAAACCUCAGGAAGAACAGAAUAGAAGUCUGGUGGGGAAAAAUGAAGCACACUCACUUUCACAGUCUGAGGCCAUCACAUACUCUUUAUUCCAGGAAAAGAAAAUGUCUUUGGAACAUAUAGCUCAGAACAGGACUCUGCCUCUCACAACAGUUGGCACGCACUUGUCCCAAGCGGUGAAAGCUGGCUACCCAGUCGAUGUGGAGCGAGCGGGCCUGACUCCACAGGUUCAGAAGAUUAUUGCUGACGUUAUCCGAAGCCCUCCCAUCAACUCAGAUGUAAAUAAAAUUAAACUAAUUAAAAUGUAUGUUCCUGAAAACAUUGACACAUACCUUAUCCACAUGGCAAUUGAGAUCCUGGAAAAAGACUGUGACAGCAGACUGUUCUGCCAAUCUUCAUGUGAUUCCAACAAGAAGAGGUGUUUCCCCAACUCUGAAGCAAGCUAUUCAAAUUCUAAGAGAAGCAAGGAAGAGGCAGACAUUAAUUCCAAGGUUGAUGGAAAGCAUCCGUAUGAUUUUUCACUGAAAGAUGAGAGUCACAGAAAUUCACAAAAACUAACUUUUAAUGAGCCACUCAGCAAUUCAGAAAUGGAAGAGUUAUUUACAGACCCUCAAUCACAGACUUUGUCUGAAACCUCAAAGAGAAAAUUACCUGGGUGGUUUGCCACAGGAAAUGAGACCUUACCUUGUAUCAGCAAGAAAUCAAUGGGCAAAACAAAGCACAAGGGUCUUUUUAGUUGAACUGGCAGUGGCCAGAGGAAUUGUGUGUGUCUUACUGCAUCAAAAUAGGGAAGCUGUAUUUCAUUUCUGAAGAGAGUGGGGAGUAAUAUUUCUGUUUAAAAAUUAUUCUAAUCUCAAAGUAAAACUCACUUGUUUAGCGAACCGCUGGUAUCUUAAAACAGCUUUGUGCAAUUCCCAUAAAGUUGAAUCUUCUGAGAGCCUGAGUGAGUAUAUCAUAGAAUGGAAUAGUAAGUUAGUUUCCCGUAAGAUUGCUCUAAGAAACUGUGUUGCACUGUCCUAUUUUUAAUCUCUUUACUUAAUUCAGCAGUAUAUUUGGAAAACAUAAUGUGCAAUGAUUUAAUAUAGAUAACAGACUAGUAGUUGUGUAGUGAUUGUGUAUGUGAUAUAAAACAUUCCAAUAUUACCAAAAUUCUGUCUUGUAAAUGAAGAAAUCAUAGUUACUUUACAAAUUAUAUUUACUAUUGUGAGAAGAACUCUUAUACACAUUUAAAAAUGGUAUUAGUGGACCAGACCAGUGUAAAUGAAACAUUUUGUGUUCCAUAUAAAUAGGGAAAAGAAUAUAACAAGAGACCAGAUUACACCAGACAACUAUGGAUUUUGUGUUUUAUAAACUAUUUCUAUUAUUUUUCAAGUAAUAAUAAAAAACGUCCUUCAUACUGAA